AUGGAGAAUGAUGAUGUAGCUAUUGAGGUUGAAGAAAUGCUGAAGAAGGCACAACGUUUAUUUGCAACCAAAAGCUGCUGCAUCUACAGGGUGCCCCAUAUAAUCCGGCAAUUAAACGAAGAUGCAUACACCCCAACGGUUGUUUCUAUUGGUCCUCUUCAUCACUGGAAUUCCAGGCUGAUAUCCAUGGAAGGCCACAAACAGGUUUAUUGUCAAUAUUUCAUUAUUGAAAGAUCGGAGGCAAGUUUGUCCGAAUGUAAAGAGGGGACGGCAGAGGAUGAUGUUAUCGCUUCAAAACCGUGGAUGGCUUCUCGAGUAGGACAUGAUUUGUUAUUACUUGAAAAUCAGAUUCCUUUGUUUGUUUUCGAGAAGAUAUACAAUCUAGCUUUUCCUCCUCUCUUAGAUGCUGGUGGUGAAUUUCCUUCAUUUAUAUUGCUUGCUGCUCAUGCGUUUUCAUGUUACAACAAACAAGGACUGUCAUCACCGGCUGCUAGCAGUGUAGCACACUUCACUGAUCUGCUCAGAUACUUCUACUUGCCACCAUCUCAUACAACACGUCAUUUAAGAAAACCUGAAGCGUUAGUUCUUGGUCACAGUGCAUCUGAAUUAGUUGAAGCAGGAGUCAAGUUCCAAGUAACAAAUAAAUCAAGUCAUGGCUGCAUACUAGACUUGGAAUUGGAGCAUGGUACUCUUAAAAUUCCACAUAUUAAAGCGGAUGAUGCGACUGAAAUUUUCUUGAGGAACAUUGUGGCUUUGGAGCAGUGUCACUAUCCUCAUGACCACUACAUCCUUGAUUAUGUUAUAUUCCUUGGUCACCUGAUGAAAACAAACAAGGAUGCUGGUGUCCUAAUCAAAGCUGGAAUAAUCGGUUGCAUAUUUGGUGGUGAUUAUGAAAGUAAAGUGGCUAACCUAUUCGGUGGUGUUGGGAAGAAUACUGUGGUGUCAACGACUAGUGCUUGUUAUCUCAAGUUUUUUAAUGAUUUGGAUGACUACUGUAUUCAUCCAUGGCACAGUCUAAUGGCAACUCUGAGGCGCGAUUAUUUCACCUCUCCAUGGAAGACAGCAGCUUCCUUUGGUGGAAUUGUGCUGCUAAUUCUCACUGUUAUUCAAACCGUAUGUUCUCUUCGCCAAGUUUAAUGGUAGUAGGUUUGAGGUUUAUGUGUUUAAAUAAUGUAGACAUUCACAAUUCACUAAGAAGGUGUGGAUUACUGCAAGUGCUGCUAAUAAUAUAGUGGUAUAGUUGCUUCAAUGUUAUGUUCUUUGUAUGUGACUACUAUUUUGAACUUUUGAAUUGAUAUUGUUUCUUCCAUUCUUCUAAUUGGAUUUCAUUUUGUCAACAUAUAACCAGUUUCAGUAUUAUUGCUAAUGGUGAAUAUUAAUAUGUCCAAAUUAAAUUGCAAUAAGUUGAAUGCUAUAUACAAAGAUCUAUGCAA